GCUGCUCUGAAAGUCUCGUGAACCUGCGUUCAUCUGCGUCUGACUGCGGACCGAGCCGGAAGACGGAAUUUAACGCUUUAAGACAGAAAGACGCUCUGCUGAGGCGGAAAAGGCCGAGUUUAACUUUUUAAGAGGGAAAAAGAAGCUCUGUUUUGGCGGAAAAAAACUGAAUUUAACUUUUUAAGAGGGCAAAAGACGCUGUGUUUUGGCGGAAAAAGACGGAAUUUAACGCUUUAAGACAGAAAGACGCUCUGCUGAGGCGGAGAAAGACGGAAUUGGACAUAUUAAGACGGAACCGGGAGGUUUGCAGCGGAGACUGGAGACUGUGGGACCACCGGGACGCACAAAUGGUGUUUCUCUGGGACGCCAAAUACGAUCCAGCCCCGGGCCGGCGCUACACCCCUCCAUCCAGCACGCUGGCCUCGGGGGGGAAGAUGGCGGAGGCCCUGCCGCUCGGAGCGCAAGAGGCCGCGGGCGGGGCCGCUCUGGUGGGCAAGCUACGUAUGGCCGACCGCGGCAUGGUGGAGGUCAUCUCGGAUCAUCCAGGAGAGCUGGUGAAGACGGACAGUCCAAACUUCCUCUGCUCGGUGCUGCCCACACACUGGAGGUGCAACAAGACGCUCCCCAUUGCAUUCAAGGUGGUGUCCCUGGGCGACAUUCCUGACGGGACCCUGGUCACAGUCAUGGCUGGAAACGACGAGAAUUACUCCGCAGAGCUCCGUAACGCCACGGCCGCCAUCAAGAACCAAGUGGCCAGAUUCAACGACCUGCGUUUUGUCGGUCGCAGUGGAAGAGGGAAAAGCUUCACUCUGACCAUCACGGUGUUCACUAACCCUCCUCAGGUGGCCACGUACCAGAGAGCCAUAAAGAUCACUGUGGACGGGCCCCGAGAGCCGCGGCGUCAUCGGCAGAAGAUGGACGAGGUCAAACCCGGUUCUUUGGCUUUCUCCGAGAGGCUGACGGAGCUGGAGCAGCUGAGGAGGAGCUCCAUGAGGGUGACGCCUCCUCACCACCACCACCACCACCACCACCACCACCACCAGCCCUCCGCCAGCAGCCGGCAGCCCGCCGCCCUCAGCUCCACCAGCUUCUCCAGCCCCACGCACUCUCAGAUCACUGCAGACUCCAGACAGAUGCAGUCAUCUCCAUCUUGGUCCUACGAUCAGUCGUACCCCUACCUUGGCCAGAUAGCCACGCCCUCCGUUCAUACAGCCAAUCCCCUCUCUCCGGGUCGCUCCUCCCUCAGUGAUCUCUCUUCCCGCCUGACAGGUCCUGACCUCACAGCAUUCAGUGACCCUAGAAUGUCUUUGGAACGACCUUUCACUUCCCUUCCGUCGUUGCCGGACUCCCGUUUCUCUGACCCCCGGGUGCACUACCCUCCGACAGCAACAGCCUUCACUUACACACCAUCCCACAACCCCGUUUCCAACAGUGCCCUUGGUAUCACUAUGGCAACGGCAAUGGCCACCACUCCAUCAGGACGGUACCACACCUAUCUCCCUCCUCCUUACCCUGCAAAUGCCCCACAUCAAGCUCAGAAUGCUCCCUUCCAGUCUACGUCCUCACCGUACCAUCUCUACUACUCAACCGCCACCGGAUCCUACCAGUUCUCCAUGAUGGCCGGGGGAGGGGGAGGCGGCGACUCUCGCUCUCCGCCGAGGAUCCUCCCGCCGUGCACCAACGCCUCCACGGGCUCCUCCAUCUUGCAUCCUUCAUUACCCAACCAGAACGAGGGUGUGAGUGUGGAAGUGGAGUCCAGUCACAGUGGCUCUCCCACGAACAUGACUGCUGCUGAGGCUGUGUGGCGGCCUUACUGAGCACGGAGCGGACCACCAGUGGUGGAGGAAGGGUCCUUGGGGGCUCCAAGCAAAAAAAUCCAUGGGGCUCCCACCCCAUCCGUGCAUACCAAAAAAAAAAAAAAGAAAAAAAAAGUUUUUUUUGCACACAAUUUCUGGGACAUUUGAUAUGUACACUGAAAAACUUUGAGAACCCCUGAUCCCUUCUAUUAGAUUCAGGUUCAGGGACCAACAGAAAUCCUGGAAAGCCCUGGCUUAUCAAUAAUUAUAUUAUACAAAAAAAAACAACCUUGCGGCUCGAUCGACGCAGUCAGCGCUGAAGGCAGAUCGGGCCAUGCAGGGGGCCCCCCAAGGGGGUUUGCUAUGUCGUUGUUUGAUAAUUGCAUCAUAAAUGCCCAUUGUUGUGGUUUCUGUGCAGUACAUGUAUUAGCACUUGGGGCACCCGGUCUCUCAGGCCCCACCUCUGGUGACGACCCUCUGCUGGUGUCAGGGCAGACGCCGAUAAGCAUGAAUCAAGUUGACUUCACUUAAGUUAAUGUAAAUUGUUAUGCCUGCCAAACUUCAAACCUGUGCUAUGCUUUUAUUACACUGUAAGAGGACGAUGGAGUGAGGUGUUCUUUCCACAAGUCAGCACUUUUACAGGAAAACUUCGAAGGAAGGAAAGAAAAGAAAAAAGUGGCAGUUUACACCACGUAGCUACAAACUGUUUCGAAAAGUGCUUUUCCAUUUGUUAGCUAUACAAGAGCACUGAAUUGUACAAAUGUUGAAUUUUUAUAUCUAGUUUCAGGAAUGAUCGCACUGAAUACUGUUCUUCGUCACUCAACCGUUAAGUCCCAAGCUGCACUGACCAAUCAGCAGUCAUUGAAUGUAGAGUGUCGCUGGUUCAUGUACACUUGGUGUCAUUGGUUUCUGUUGGGUGUGUCAGGAGAGUGAGAUAGGGAGCUCACGUCCCUGUUGAGGUGAAGCAGGGUGUUAUGGUUCCACCCUGACGAUGCAUGCUGCAGUACAGGGCCUCGUUUAGUUCAACAGAAACUUUUCCUCCUCUCAGCUGAUAACCUCACCUGCAUUUUGCUCACUAAAUGGUCUCUUUGUGUUAUUGUCAUCUGUCCAGUUCUUUAUGUGUUUAUUUAUUCACUCCUGCAGUAAAUCUUCAGUCACGUAAAGCAGUAUUGAUCUAAACUUAAAUAAACACAUACAAAUCUCCAAAUACUGUUUAAAGGACCUGUAUCCUGCUUUUUUAGCUCAUCCAAACCCUAUGAUUGGCAUUAACAUGGUAAUAGUUUAUU